AUGUCUCAUAGCGCUCGUCGGCUAGAACCGAUUGCCGAAGAGCUUACGCCUGCAGACCACCAUGUCCUUUGCUGCGGUGGAACCUCCUCCAACCUAGAACUACUUCAAUCCAGACUUCAGAAAUCCAAAAGAACAUCCCCUGAUAUGAGGAAACAAAUUGAGGAGCUCGCCUAUGAGGCGAGUUAUUUGAGGGCUGAGCUAAAAUGGCAUAAGGAGACGAAGCAGAUAUUCCUCGAUCUACAAGAGAGAAUGCAUGCUAUUUUCCAAACUAUGGAGGACACACUUGCCAGAGCCACAGCUCGACUAUAUGAGUCUGAGCGGCGCUAUUUUCAGUUAUGGGAAGCCGAUGGAGGGUUUGAAGAUGGUGGAAGAUUUUGA